AUGGACAGUGGUCUACCGACACCAGCUGGACUCGGUCAGCAGAAACGACCCCGCGUCUCCGAAGAAAAUCGCAAACGAGCCGUUCGAGCCUGCGAUGGAUGUCGCCGGGUGAAGGAAAAAUGUGAAGGAGGAGUACCUUGUCGCAGAUGUUUGCGUUAUCGCCGCCAAUGCGUAUUCACACACCCCGACCAUGCGGAGAAGGUCGCUCGGUCUUCGUCGAUCUCUCUCCUGGAACGGAAUGCCGGUCUCAGUCGACAGAAUCUGGUGGAUACGGAACGAAUUCGGUACAUGGAACGGAUCCUUCAGCAUUAUGUUCCGAACAUCUCUUUUGAUAUUCAGUCCCUCCGUAAAACGGCCGAGGAGCUGAAACAUAGACAUCGCCAUUCUUUCACAGAUGCAAGCCCUUCGGUUCGCCUUGACGAGGAGGAUUUUGAGGACUUGGCCAUCGACGAUGAGGAUUAUAUGGUGAAGGCUUUACCGGAUAAUACAACACAAUAUUCCGGAGAGUUUUCCUAUCUGAACUUGUCCUUGAAAAUCCGACAGAAGAUCGAUGAAUGGAUGAAGACAGCAGCACCAGAGAAGGCGUCUACCGAAACAGACCCAUUUGAAGAGCGAUGGCGUGCGACGCAGCUCCAAUCGGGUUCCUCCUUAGUAUCGGCAUCGGUGACGUGCCUACCACCACGUUUCGUAGCCGACUUUCUCGUUCAAAUAUUCUUCAAAUACGCGCAGACCAAUAACUUCUAUGUGGAAGAAGAUUGGAUACGAGAGAAACUGAACAUUUGUUAUACUAACCCAUCGAGCCUCUCAUCCAAUGAUGCUGGCUCCGUAUGCUCGAUACUUAUGGUCCUAGCCGUUGGGACACAGUUUGCUCAUAUGGAAUCGGCCAUUCCCGUCAAUCGGCCGCCGGUUGACCUAUCGUCGAUGGAAGACCAUCACUUUUCGGAAGAUGAAGUUGGCCUGACUUUUUAUCAGUUCGCUUCGAAACUGGUUCCUGAUAUCCUUGCAACAGUCUCCAUCCGGAGCGUACAAGCUUGCUUAUUGAUCGGAACUUAUUUGUUACCCCUCGACACCUCGGGCCUUUGUUAUACUUACUUCGGCCUAGCCCUUAAAAUGGCUAUCCAGAAUGGCAUGCACCGGAGGUACCAGGGUGAAGGGCUCUCGCCUCGGAUGAUCGAAGUCCGCAAUCGGGUUUUCUGGACAGCUUACACCAUUGAGAAACGUGUCAGUAUUCUUCACGGCCGACCCGUAUCUUUGUCAGAUUCAGAUGUGGAUGCCGCUAUGCCGGUUGAUUUUCCGGGCCUGAACCUAACAGGGCAGGUCUCAAAUCAUACUAACAUGGUGACUUUGAUCACCCUAACUCUUAAACUUGGAGAAGUUGCCAAUGAGAUAUCUGCCUUGCGAAAAUCUCGCAGGGGCCAACAGCAGGAUUGCCUUGAACGACUACUCAAUUUACGGAAGAACCUCGUUGAUUGGUGGGCUACACUGCCAGAAGAGACCAACUGUCGAGAUUUGAACCCCUCAGGACCACUAUUCCGCUCUAAUGUUCACUUGAAACUGGAUUACUGCCUGACUCGCAUUUUCCUUGGGCGCCCAUUCCUAUUCAGCAACAUGAAGAUCCUCAAUGCAACCACGCCUCAAGCCCAACCGUUCAAAACACCAUCGGGCGUUUCAAAGAACAGGUCGACACUCAUCACCGAUUGUGUAGAAGCUGCCCUCGAAAUCAUUAAUCUCUGCCAGCUACUCCGAGAUGAGUCCGGUCUUGCUCGGGCAUCGUUCACCGAAUUCAGCUCUUGCCGUGCUGCUCUUCUUGUUAUCCUCGCACAGAGUUUGACGAAGCGAACCGAGCGGCUACGCGAAGCACUUGAAAAAGGCAUGGUCUUAAUCAAGAUCAUGUCAAUGGGCGUGGGAUCUGCACGCUCUGCUGUUAGUGUGAUUGAGACUCUCGAGAGAGCCAUUAGCCGUCUCGAAGAUUGGAGCGAAAGACAGGCACCGGACAAUACCGGCUCCAUGGAAUCAGCAUAUGAUCGCUUCAAGAAUUGGGAGAUGCUCUGGAAAACCGGGCCAAUGUCCCCCGAGCUUGUUCCUUUCCAAGAGCAAUAUCCGGCUGGAAGGAGCAGCAUUCCACCUGUCCCUGUUACUCCAAUGACCGGCACUUCCGGUGGCAACGACCCCAUGGAAGGCGACGUCGCACAUACAGAAAUUACCACAUUAUCGGACUAUUCCGCCUCUCAUGCAGCUUCGUUACCCCCAAUGCCUCGUUUUGGUUUCGAUCAUUUUGUGUCCAACUUCCCGCAAGAACUGGACGAAUUUACCGCUAUCCCCUGCUUUGAACCUGAUGCACAGCAAAACCUCUCUAGCGACAUCAACAACCCGGAUACCAAGUGGAUGCAAUUUACCACUGAUUGA